CUUUUGGGUUUGGGAGGUCACCAUGAAAGGCCUGGAUCUGGUCCUGCUGGCAUGUUGCUUAUGCAGCCUGGGCACACUGGGAGGUGCAUCUGAUGUGGAGAAGGCUCUGAUGAAGCAGCUCUUUACCAACUACAACCUCAAGGUGCGGCCAGCACAUAAACCUGAAGAGAGGGUGGUGGUUCGUGUGGGUAUGAUCCUCUCCUCCUUCGUUGGACUGAAUAUGAAAAAUGAGGAAAUGAGCACAGUUGUUGUCAUGAAUCUGGAAUGGACAGAUCAUCGGUUGUCAUGGAAACCCAAGGAGCAUGAUGGGAUUGAGGUGAUGCGUAUCCCCUCUGGGAAGGUUUGGCUGCCUGACAUCGUCCUCAUCAAUAACAAUGAUGGGGUGUUUGAUGUGGCCCUGCAUGUCCAUGUCCAGGUUUAUAAUAGUGGAAGAGUAACCUGGACUCCCCCCGCACUAUACUGCAGCUCUUGUGGAGUCAAGGUAACAUAUUUCCCGUUUGACUGGCAGAACUGCACCAUGCAGUUCCGCUCCUACACAUACGACUCAACAGAAAUCGAUGUGCAGUAUGCACUGGACUCAAAAGGCAAAGAGAUCAAAGAGAUCGUACUGGACGAAGCUUACAGUGAGGGUGGCGAGUGGAUCAUCACACAUAAGCCGUGCAGGAAGAACAUGAACAACGAUAAUUUUGAGGACAUGACCUUCUACCUCAUCAUCGAGAGGAAGCCUCUGUACUACGUCUUGAACAUCAUCCUACCAUGCAUCCUCAUCACUAUCAUUGCCAUCUUUAACUUCUACCUGCCUCCUGACGCAGGAGAGAAGAUGGGUCUAUCGAUCAACGUGUUGCUCACCCUCACUGUGUUCCUGCUGCUGCUGGCUGAUAAGAUCCCAGAGACUUCAUUGGGUGUCCCCGUCAUUGUCAACUACAUCAUGUUCACCAUGAUCCUGGUCACAUUUUCUGUCAUCCUCAGUGUGGUCGUCCUAAACUUGCACCAUCGCUCAUCCAAUACCCACCAGAUGCCCAUGUGGAUCCGAAAGAUCUUCAUCCACAUGCUGCCUCCAUAUCUAUGCAUGCUGCGGCCCAAAGUAGAGACCCCCCUCUCCCUGGUGACCAUGCCUCGCAGAGAGAUGACAAAGAUGGUUCCCAUCAGCAAGGUGGCUGACGAAUACUUCAUCCGCAAGCCCGACUCCUCCAUUUUGUUCCCCAAGCCCAACAGGUAUCACCCAGAGGGUAUGUGCACAGAUCUGAGAAAGUUCAUUGACGGCCCCAGUAGCUACCUGACACUACCUGAUGAGCUCAAGUCAGCCAUAGAGGCCAUUACAUAUAUUGCUGAGGCUCUGCAGGCUGAGAAGGACCAAGAAGCUCUGAAGGAAGACUGGCAGUACGUGGCCAUGGUGGUGGACCGCAUGUUCCUCUGGAUCUUUGUCAUCUUCACCACUGUGGGCACCUUGGCUAUCUUCGUUAAAGCUAGCUUCAACCACACACCCACUGACCCCUUCAAAGCUACUUGAAACAGCUGGACGUUUGGUUGUCUUGAGUUAUACCAAAUGAUUCACCAUCUCAAGAAAUAGGGAUGAAGAAAUCAAUGUAUUAAACUGACAAAUGAUUAUCUGGGUGUAGUUCACCAUAAGCCAACGAUUUAGAAAGUCUCACAUGUACUUCAGGCAAGAAACUUGUCCACAUGUCUUCCACUGUCUUCUGUCAUCAAGCACUGCAAAUGUACUUGUCUUUCUUUGACUUGCGAUCCCAAACAACCUCAAGAUGUUCAUUUGCCUUUACAGUCCUGACCCUUAGCAUCACCACUGCUUCAGGAUCAAAAAAUGUGACAAACCAGGUCAAUUUUAGGACACAAAGCUUGAACAGAAGGACUAUGAUCUUUAUUCUACCUACCCUUAGAUGACCGCAUGUUGUUUGACCAGGUGAGAUUUGUCAGAUUGUUUGCUGUCAAGAAUUCAUGCAAGGUUUUGUCUGCAUUCAACCUCAAUUUGCAAAUAAAUGCAAAUGUA